AUGACCGCUUCACAAUCGCCGCUACCCUCGGGGAGCGACUUCGUCUCUGCCACCCGCACCUCCUGCUCAACCCUCUCUUCCACCCUCGGUCUCACACCCAACACCGCCGGCAUCGACGCCUUCCUCCGCACUCUCUCGGCACCCACGUUUGAGCGGUUGAAAACGCAACACGGCCUCACCUUUCCCCUUCGCUUUCCCACCCCGUUGGCCGAGCUCAACUUCCUCUCCCUCCUCUCCCUCCUCAAUGCCUACUCCGGCUAUCGCGUCGCGUUUCACACGCAAACCGGCAGUGGGGCGUAUCAGAACAUCGUUCGGCUCAUGAUGGGGUUGUACAUUUCGGGUGGCGAAGACAAGGUGGUGGGGAGCAAAGCGUUGACGAGUCGCGGAAUGGUGGAGUUGACCGAGGCGAAGAUUGUCGAGCUGCUCGGCGUGAGCGUGCACGAAGAGCGAGAGCAUGAAACGCUCAAAGGCGUCACUGUCGGUGUGAGAGGUGGCGACAUGUUGGAUUGCGUACAGAUGAUCCUUUCCACCUUGCAGGGGGUCGGCAAGACUCUACUCGAGCAAGAACAUGCCAGUCUCGGCAGCUACAUCGCUUCCCUGCUCACCCAGGUCAAGACCAACAACCUCGGCGAUGCCGACGCAACAAGUUUCCUUGUCAAAUCGAUUGCCGAGACGCUCCCCGAGUUUUGCGACACCCACACCCUCGCCCCUAGCGGUGAGGAAGUGUAUCUGUUCAAACGCAUCUUCUUCCUCCUCCACAGCCUGAGGCUUCGUUUUGCCGACCACCCGGAAUGGGGGGUGCAAGAUACGACAGAAACGCUCCCCAUGUUCGUGGACAACGUGCUACCCACGCUGUGCGUGUGGUUUCACUUGCUUUCCGUCCCGCACACCGCGCCGGAGGGGAUGGAGACGUUGUUCCACUGGGUGCGCACGCAACACGUCGACGGGGAGUUGACACGGGAGAAGUUGGAAGGGAUGCAGAAGAAUGUCGCAGGACCCAAGUUGAGCGCUGACGAGACGUACGCGAUUCGGGCGGCGACGUUGAAUGUGGGACGGGUCGUCGUGGAGAGAGCCAAAGAGUUGGCCAAGGAAGAAGGGAGGGAGUGGCUGGAGGGGUUGAACGAGGUGGAUUUGGACGGGUACCUGUGGGCGGUGGCCAAGGACGAUGAGUUGUUGCGCAAGGUGCCUAGGUUGGUGUUUGCCAGCAUUCACUUUUGA